AUGGCGACUAAGGGACCGCCGAAAUUAAAGGCGAAAAAGAAGGCACAAACUGAAGUUUCUUCUGAAAAUCAUGAAGAAGAGAGUUUAGGGACUGUUAUUGCUCAAUUGACUACAAUUAAUGGAGAGAGCACCGGUCCUCCGUUAAGUUUGCCAGUCAAUGUCACUCCCGAACAACUAGGAUUAUUGAUCAAUCAAUUACUGAACAAUGAUGAACAUCUCCCGUAUGCUUUUUCAGUUGAUCAAAGGGAAAUCACAACUUCCCUCUAUAAAGACAUCAUACAAGGCCUUCAGAAAUCAACUGAAGAUGUAUUAAAAAUAGUGUACCAACCACAGGCAAUAUUUAAAGUUAGAGCUGUGACGAGAUGUAGUUCCACUUUAAGCGGGCAUAGCGAUGCGAUCUUGUCGGUUAGCUUUAGUCCCGAUGGUAAUCAACUUGCGACUGGAUCAGGCAUGCGCUUUUAUCAUUUGUCAUCUUCAUUACGCUCCACAAUCAUUAAUUCUUUUUCCAUAUUGGAUUUCAACCAUUCAGGAGAUGCUACUGUCCGAAUAUGGGAUCUCAACACGGAUACACUUCAUUACACUUGUUCAGGUCAUGCAAAUUGGGUAUUGUACAUCUCUUGGUCACCAGAUGGGAAAUUAUUGACAUCUGGUAGCAUGGACAAAACGAUUCGGCUAUGGGAUCCAGAGACGGGGAAAUCAAUAGGUGACCCAUUGAAAGGGCACUCGCAGUGGAUAACCUGUUUGACAUGGGAACCACUUCAUCUAAAUUCAAAGUGCAAUCGAAUGGCUUCUUCAUCUAAAGAUGGCACAGUUCGAAUAUGGGAUACGACAUUACGUCGCGUUGUUAUGACAAUGACGCAUCAUACUGCGGCCGUGACGUGCAUAAAAUGGGGAGGAAAUGGGUUACUUUAUUCCUCGAGUCGCGAUAAAACAAUAAAAGUUUGGGAUGCAUCUCAGGGUAAGUUAAUCAGGACACUGGAGGGGCAUGGCCAUUGGGUUAAUACAAUGGCGUUAAGUACAGAUUUUGUUUUAAGAACUGGAGCCAUCGAUCACACGGGCAAAAAACCCAAAGAUGAAACGGAAGCCAAAGAAUGGGCUUUAGCAAGAUACAAAGCUGCCACCAGGGAUAGGCCCGAAAGGCUUGUUUCCGGUUCUGACGAUUUCACAAUGUUUAUUUGGGAACCAUCAGAAAAUAAGAAACCACUAGCCCGACUUACCGGUCACCAAAAGUUAGUGAACCACGUAAGAUUUUCACCAGACGGGAGUUUAUUCGCCAGUGCUAGUUUUGAUAACUCUGUGAAACUAUGGGAUGGUUUUACUGGCAAAUUUAUCGCAUCUUUGCGAGGUCAUGUUGGUCCAGUAUACCAAGUAUGUUGGUCCUCCGAUAGCCGCAUGCUGAUAAGUGCGAGCAAAGACAGCACCUUAAAAAUUUGGGAUCUUAAAACAAAAAAAAUAAAAAUGGACCUGCCUGGACAUUUAGAUGAGGUAUUUAGUGUGGAUUGGAGUCCGAGCGGUGAAAAGGUUGCCAGUGGCGGUAAAGAUCAUCAACUGAAGAUGCAAGUAUUAUUUAAAUAUUGGCUUUUGUUCAACUCUGCAUAUUUUAACCCUUUGUUCUUUCAUUAUGUGAAAUUAGAUGGCGGAAUUGAGGCAUUCAUAAAGACAUGUAAAUUAAAGGAGUAA